AUGGCCCACGUUCAAUGCCUUCCCGUCUCCGUCCCACCCUCGCGAAUACCGCACUCCGCAACGUGUCCUCCCGAUAUGACGUUCGUUUCAGACCUAGAUUCGUCGGAGUUGGUACCACGGGAGUUCCUGUGUCCGCUAUCAGGCGCCAUCAUGCGCGACCCGGUCAUCGCGCCCACCGGCCAGUCGUACGACCGCGCAAGCCUUGACCACUUCCGCACACGCGGCGGCCGCUUCUGCCCCAAGACGGGCGCGUUGCUCGCGGACUGCGCGCUCAUUCCCAACGACGCGCUCCACCAGCUCAUCGCCGCCUGGUGCCUCUCUCACGCCACGCGCGUCCCUUCCCCUCCUUCUCCCCCUCCUCCGCUUAUCUCCGCGUCGCCCCUCGGCCCCUCUCCCGCCGUCCUCCCCGCGCGCUCAGCGCCAGCCGCCAUCAACGGGCUCGCCUCUCCCCCUGGCUGCGCGCCCUCCUCGCCGCUGCGCGCGCCCCUAUCUCCGCUGCAGCGCCGUUAUUCCUUCCAACCAAGCCGCAGCGCCUCCGCGUGCAGGGGGCACGGGGACGAACAGCCGGCGUCAGACGCGGCGAGCUUGGCGAUUCCACGGCACGUGAUGGGCGCGGGCAGCAGCGGCAGGUCGCUGUGUCGCACCAUCUCGCCGCUCUCCGAGACCGCGUCGCUCGACUGGGCCGCCGCCAGCAGCGCCGCUAGCAGCCCCUCCUCGCCCCUCCGCGCCCUCCGCCACCGCCACAACCACCAGCUCGCCGCCACGUCACAGGACGACGCAAAUGAAGUGGCGCUGAGCUCGUACCUCUCCUCCAACGCAUCGUUCUCCCGCCUGCAGCAGUCGAAUCCCAACUCGCCACGUGGCAGUCGCCGCCGCAGCAAGGACACGCCAGUGCGAGAGAUGCGGCCAUUCGUGGAUGCACUGCAGGAUGCUGACGUGGCAGUGAGGCGGGUCGCCGCGGAGGCCAUCCACGUGGCAGUGAAGCAGGCGGAGGAGAACCGCACGCGGGUGGUGCAGGCGGGUGGUGUGGCGCCGCUGCUGGCUGCGGUGCAGUGCGAGGAUGAGGGCACGGCACAGCGGGCAUGUGCUGCCCUGCUGUACGUGUCACUGGCACGCGAGGGGGCGAGGGAGGUGGUGGCGCGUGGAGGUAUUCCCGUUCUCGUAGACGUGCUGCGACCAGCAGGAGAAGCGGGCACGCAGGGAGAGGCGGCUGAAGCCACCAAGGCGAACGCAGCUGCGGCGCUGUUCACUGUGUCGUCCACCAAGGAGGAGCGCAAGCGCCUUGUGUGCUCUGCCGGUGCUGUGCCGCACCUCGUGCACCUCGUGCAGACGGCACACACGCCCCGCGCGCUCAAGGACGCGUGCCUGGCUCUGUACGGGCUGGUGGGCUUGCGGCAGGCGGCGGAGCAGGCAGUGGCGCUGGGAGUGGUGGCGCUGGUGGUGGGGCUGCUGGAGAGGCACGGCGAGGGCGUGGAGGAGAAGGCAGCAUCGCUGCUGGCCGUGCUGGCUCGCUGCGAGGUGGGUGUGGCAGCCAUUGCGGACGAUGAGGAUGCGGUGUGUGCGCUGGUGGAUGUGAUGGAAGGCAGCUCGCAGCAUGCUGCUGACAAGGCAGCGUGCACUCUGCUGGCCAUGGCACGGCAUGGCGGGGAUGCCAUGGCUCGGAGAAUAAUGUUUGGCACAGCAGGCGAUCCCGGCGCGCAUGUCGCUGCUCGAUCAUGCCGCCUUUCCAGCGAGUCGUUGCCCUCUGCGCGGAGCCAGGUAACGCCGCCAGCGAUGCCCAACACGCAGUACCGCUUGAGGCACCCGACGCGGUACGGCAAGCAGCCGGCGGUGCCGGCGGAGUUCGUGUGUCCGCUGUCGCUGCAGCUGCUCACCGACCCGGUCAUCACGGCGUCGGGCCUCACCUUCGAACGCGCCGUCAUCCAGAAAUGGUACCGCGACGGCAACCGCAUAUGCCCCGUCACCGGAUCGCGACUAGACCACUACCGGUUGUUUCCGAACCAGGCGGUUCGGCAGCUUAUCGCGCAGUGGUGCGACGCGAACGCCGUGCCGUACGCGCCGGGCGUACUGUGCGUGCGUGUGGACCCGCAGGGGCAGCAGGGGACGGGUAGCUUUAGGGAGCGCUCGUCCCAGUCGCGCCACGGCGGGCCCUCCUCCAAUCUCUCUCAGCGCCCCUUCACUCCCCCCGGCACUCCGCCCAAAAGCCCGCGCUCUGCAGCCCCUUUUUCCACGCUUCCCGGCGCCUUUCAGCGCCCGCGGACUCCCCCAUCGGGGGCGGACGACCGACCGUUCUCCCCUGCUGGCGGGGAAAGUGUUCCGCGCAACCACCCUUCCGCGUCCCUUUCCGUUUCAAGAUCGGUGUCGAGCGGGGGAUCCGUGCAGCGCAUCGCGUCGGGAAAUGGCACACAGGCGGUGCGGGGAUCCCCCGCUGGCGCAAUGGUGCCGCGCACAGCCUCAGGGGGAGGGGCGGUGUUGCGAGUGGUGUUAGGUGGUGGGGUGCCGCGAGUUUCCUCCGCCGACAGUCCCCGAGCGCGCAUUUCCUCCGCGGAGCGAAUAGGCUCCAGUCCCCUGUCUGGGGACGAGUUGGGGGGAGCAGGCGCGCGGAGACCAGCAGGCGCGCCCCCCAACGGCGCAGGGCCUCCGCAGCGGCGGCAGGCGGCGGGGCCGAGACAUAGGGGGAGCCAGUCGCAGGUGCUGCGGGUGCUGGGGCAGGACGGCGGGGGGGAUAGCAGCUCCUCGGGUCUUGCGCGCUCGCACUCGCUGCAACCCAAGGCGGACGAUAUCGAAUCGCUCCUUAACGCGUUAGAGGACGACGAAUCGGACGGCUACGAGUCGGGCCAGUCCGACGCGCUCUGGCGCGCCAACGAGCCGCUCCCCGUGCCCCGCGUCGCCAGCCUCGGGGGUAGGGGGGCUGCGCGGGGGGCCGGCGCGGGGAGAGGGGGGACAGGAGCGGGCAGGGGAGGGCGGGGAGGGAGAGGGGCGAUGGCGGAUGGUGUAGGGCGGUCGGACAGCUUAGAGCGCGGCAUGAUGCGCGCGAAGCAGCAGGGCCACGCAGGUGCGCACGCGGACGGGUCGCUCCGGCUGCUCAACGGCCGCAACGGCAUUCCCUCGGGAAAACGACCCGCUCAGGGGGGUAGCGGCGACGGGGGGAACGCGGAGAGCGGGUUGCGGCGCACGUCGUCGCUGCAGUCGCAGGGGCUGCUGUCGGCGAGUCUGGGCAGUCUGGGCCUCGACACCACGCGCGACUCCUUCCGCGGCGCCGUCGAGGACCUCGUGCCGCGCAGAUCAGCCGGCGCGGGGGCGCGUGGGGAGGUGGCGCAGUCGCGGUUCGCGGGGGAGAGUGGCGGGGAGUCGUCGUCGGAGAGGGAGGCGCGGAGGGGCGCGCCUGGCCGGCCGGGGGGCGGCAUUCCGCCCGGCGCGCGGCUGCUGGCGGCGGGCCGCGCGAGCCAGUCGUUCCGCGACCGCGCGAGCAGCGACGGCAGCGACAGCGAGCUCAAGGCGGCGCUGCUCGGCGCCAUCCGCAGCUCCAGCGCCGGCAGCCCCGCCGACGCGCCCAUGGCGGGUGGCGGGGGAGUCACGGGGGCAGGGGGGGGGGGGGCGGGGGAGGCGGUGCAGGGGGUGCGGUGGCGAGCGGGCGGGCGAACGCGCUGCGCAACAUGGGCGCGGCGGGCAUGCGGUCGGCGUCGUUCCGCAUGGGGCGAGAGCUCUCCAUCGACGCUGACGGCGUCUGGCAGCCUGCGCAGCCCCGUGGGGUCGUCGUCCAUGCGCGUGUCGCGCGACGGCGCCAUGGGCGCCAGGGCCGCCGCCAUUGACGCCGCCCUGCGCGCUGCGGCGCUGCCGCGCAGCCCUGCUGGGCGCUCCUCGUCGUCACUUCCGCCCAUCCGCGACAGCAGCAGCAGCGGCGCAGCAUCAGGGGAGUUGGGAUGGGGCGCGCCUGGGGUUCCGCGCAGUCCAGGACGAGCAGCGCCCGCGGGUGCCAGGGAGGCGCCCAUUCCGCGCGUGGGUAGCCGGGAGGCCGCCAUGCACCACAGUGGUCCGCCUUUGGGGGACAGCCCCGCCAACGGCCACACUGCUCCCCCCUCCUCUGCGCGCCACCCCCCUCCGCCACUCGCCCUGCGCCGCGACCUCUCCAUGGACACGUGGGCGCUCGCCUCGCAUCUCCCCGCCUCCGCCCCCCCCACCUCCGCGCCCCCCGCCGUCGCGCCACUCUCCCCCAUCCACUCGUCCGGGCCCCUCUCCCCCAUACACGCAUCCGGCCCGCCCUCCCCCCGCCUCUCCUCCACACCCCUCUCCCCGCGCGCCUCCACGGGUCCGCGCAGCCCCGUGGGCGCGGGCGCGAGGGGCUUGGGGGGCCCGGGGGGCCCGCCGCGGUGGCGGCGGGACAGCAGCGUGGAGAGCAGCGGAGAUGCGGGCAGCGGCAGCGAGGGGCGCGAGCAGGGAGCGGGCAUGGGGGGCGGGGGCGGGGGCGCGGGGGGAAGGAGUCCGCCAAUGCUGCAGCGCAGCCUGGGGCGGCGAGUGGCGGAGGAGGGCGCCCUGCUGCGCUCAGGGUCCAUUCAGAGCGUGCAAUCUGUGGGGCAUGCGGGCGGGGGGGGGCACAGGCACGCGCAGGGGCAGGGACAGGGGCAGGGGCAUGAGGGCAUGGGCGCCAGUGACACAGACGACCCGUUCCUCUCCGCUCUCUCCAGCGUGCGCCGCGAGCAGCAGUUGUGGGGCGAGGGCGGGAUGAGCGGGGGGGAGGAGGGGGGCGCGGCAAGGGGGAGGGGCCAGCAGAGGGGGGCGUCGAGCUUGGCGCAGUCAGAGGGGGAGGGGCGCGGGGGAAGCGACUGGGAGAGCGACGGGUCGUCCAUGCUCCACAGGAGGGCAGCAGGGGCAGCGGCGGGAGGGUCGCGGCUAGGUAACAGAGAGGCAGGGGGAGGAGCAGGGGCAGGCACGAGUUCAGGGCGCAACCUGGGAGGGGCGGCGCAGGGGAGGCGGCAGCUGCAGCGGGGGUCGUCACAGACGGACAAUCGGGGGCUGGGCCGGGCAGCACACAGGGCGCUGCACACCACCGCGCUCGACCCCACUGGACCGCCCUCAGGCAUGAACCCGCCGGGCGGCGCACAGGGGCUGCGGCGCGCGUCCUCAUUGGCUGUGGUGGGCGGCAGCGGGCGGCAGCAGGGAAUGGAGGGCAUGGAGGGGAUGGACGGUUCAGAGGGGUUCCACGAGGUGGUGCGAGAGAUGAAGGCAGAGGGGGGGCGCGUGGGCGGAGGGGUGCGGCGAGGGGAAGCAGCAGGGGCGGAGCUGUCAGCGUCGCACCGCAGAGUGGCGUCGCUGGCAGUGCAGAGCCGCAGCAGCAGCAGCAGCAGCAUCGCCCUGGGAGGGGGGGGUGCCAUGGGCAGCUCAGGCGAGGGCCGUGCCGUGUCCCGCCGCCUCAGCGGUGGCAGUGGUGGCGGGCUGUCGUCCCGCCGCUCCGACUACUCCCUGCCUCCUGAUGCGUCCGCUCUGCUGGAUGAGCUCGAUGGGUCGGAUGGCAGUGAGGGGGAUGUGGGGGACAUGGGGGGCAUGGGGGGCAUGGGGGACCGGCGGGUGCAUGGGCAUGGGGGGUACGAGGCCAUGCAGGGGAAUGGUGGCAGUGGGCACAUGCAGCCGCAUCAACUGCAGCAGCAUGCGCAGCAGCAGCAGCAGCAGCAGCAGCAGGGGCAUGGACAUGGGCAUGGGCAUGAGGAGGAGGCACCACAGCCACGGGUGGGCAGGGUGGGCGGCACCUUUGCCUGGCUGCGAGAGGCCCUCCGCAGCCCCCUCAAGAGCCCCAAACCCGCUGCCCCCGCCCCCACCGCCCCCGCCCCCCACUCCGCCCAGUCCAUCCCGCUGAGUCCCCGUUCCGCCCAACCCCCCCUGCCCGCGUGGGGCGCGGGGGUGCGCCCGUCCACGCCCCCCCAGGGCGCGGCAUACGGCAAGAGCGCCAGUGCUGAGACGUCUCAAAAGGCGUACGGCAAGAGCGCCACUGUGCCCGCACCUGAGCGCCGCAGCCUGUGGGGGGAGGCCAGGCGCGCUGUGGGGCUGGGGGAGGGCGGGGGGGGCGACGGGGGGAAGGCGGAGGAGGCGUUUCGGCGGUCGUCGUCAGAGCAUGGGGGGCAGGACGCGGUGGCCGCCAUGCAGUGGGCGCAGGGGGAGCGGGGGGAGGAGGCUGAGGGGAGGGGGGACGGGGGGCGCAGUGGAGGGGGUGGGAGGGGCGGGCAGGGGCCGCAGGGAAGGGGGAUGGCGGUGGGGGGGAGGGAGCUGGGCGAGGGGAGGACUGGGAGUCAGGGCAGCAGUGGGCAUGAGGGGAUGAGGGAUGGGGGAAGGGGAGCAGGUGGACGGGGGUUGGGGGGAGGGGCAGGCAGAGGAGGGGGGCGAGGCGGGGAGGGGGGUGCAGAGGGGGGAGGAGGGGGUGGGCGGGGGCAGGGAUGGGCCAAGGUGCGUGCCGUGUUCCCCCUGCAUGGGGAGGGCGUUGGGCGGGGGGCAGGGGGGAGAGGGCCGGGCAGAGGAAUGGGCGACGGGGGAAGGGGAGGAGGGGGGAGAGGAGACGGGGGAAGGGGAACUGGGGGAAGAGGAGGAGCAGGAGCAGGGCCAGGGGUGAGACAUGGGGGAGGAGGGGGGCCGGGAGGGGGAAGAGAGGGUGGGGACUCGGGUCGGCUGUCCCUGGAGCGCACGUCAUCACUGUCCUCCAACCACCAUGCCGCAGCUGCAGCUGAUUCCCACAGGGACGUCGACGGCUCCUCGGCCCAUCCUCUCUCCCCCCUGGCAGCAGCAGCAGCGGCAUCGCCCCCGGACAUGGUGACGUUGGUGCGGGCGGUGGCGCACGGGGGGGAGACGGAUCGCAUGGAGGCAGUGGCGGCCAUCAGGGCGCUCGUCAAGGGCAGCCGCGACAACAAGUCACGCCUCAUCGCCGCGGGGGGUGUGCCCGCGCUCGUGCGUGUGCUGCGCCAUGCGCACCCCGCCAUCAAGGAGCACGCGGUUACCGCCAUUCUGAACCUCUCCCUCGUGCCCGGUGCACCCGCCAUCAUCGCGUCAGUGGGCGGCAUCGAUGCCGUGGCGGGUGUGUUGCAGUCAGGGUCGCAGGUGGCACGGGAGAACGCUGCAGCGGCGCUCUUUGCCCUCUCGGUGGAUGAUGGCAACCAGUGCCUGGUGCGGCGGGCAGGGGCGGUGCUGCCGCUGGUGGACGUGCUGCGGUCGGGCAGCACGCGCGGGCGCAAGGACGCGGCUCUCGUGCUCUUCAACCUCUCGCGCGACCAGCGCAGCCGCGCUGAGAUCGUGGCGGCAGGGGCGGUGCCGGUGCUGGUGGGCAUGCUGGGGAGUGAGGAGGGCGGGCUGGAGGAGAAGGCCAUGGCAGUGCUGGCGAACCUGUGCCGCAUGCCCGAGGGCUGCGAUGAUGUGCUGGACCUGCCUGGUGCCAUCCCCACGCUCGUGCGCGUGGUGGCGCAGGGGUCACAGCGCGCCAAGGAGGACGCGGUGAUGACGCUGCUGAUGCUGGCGAACAGUGAGCCGGCGAGCUGCCAUGCGAUGCUGGCGGAGAGCAUGGUGCCGGCGCUGCAGCAGGUGGCGCAGACGGGGUCCCAGCGCUCCAAGGGCAAGGCCAGGGCGCUGCUGGACCUGCUCCGCAGCCAGGCGCAGCGAGGCCGAGGGGGGGCAGACAGGUGA